AUGACGGCAGGCAAGACGCCGAUGACAGAGGGGUCACGAGUGGACGUAACAGAGGCGGUGCUAGGAGUGGAUGGCGAGAGUGCAGAUGUUCAGACGAUUGGUGAAGACGCAUCGGCAGGGGGUUUAUUUGCGGGAUGUUGUCCCGGUGGUAGAUUGUCUGAAGCUCAGGAGCACGUGAUGCGUUUGACUUAUCCGGAUGCGCCCUAUACGAAUUACACUCCGAUUCCGGGUGUUAUUCCACCUGUGGCACCGCCUGAAUAUCGGACAUCUGGUUGGUGCAAUGCGGAUAAUGGUUCAUGUGUGAUUCAAGCGACUCAGCCGGUGAUUCCGGUGCCUGUGAAACAGAACAUUGUUAUGAAGGAUACGUUGGUUGAGGUUGAUCAGACGGUGGUGAAGGAUAAGGUACAGCCGAACAUCUGGACGCAGGAAGUGUUUCACGAAGUACCUCGUCUAGAGUUUGAGGUACGGGAAAGACGGGUAGCUAUCCCCAAACUCGAGAUUGUGGGCGUGGAACAAGAGGUCGAGGUACCCGUCGGUAUCAACUUCAAAUUACAACACACCUGGGAAGAGCGUGAAGUUCCUCGUCUUUUCCCCCGCUACUGCGGUCCACAAGACGUCAUACAAGUCUCCAUUCCUCAAAUUCAAGUUGUCGAUCGAAAAACCGAACACGAGAUUCCUUGGUACGUUGGCGAGAAAGUUGUGGAAAAAGAGGUAGUUGAAGAUGAAGGUGUGGAGAUCGUCAGCUAUCAAUACGUCAAAAAGGAAGAGGUAGUGCCAGUGUAUAAAUACAGACCCGUCUUCGACGUAGAAGUCGCCAUACCACCACCGGUUGUCGUACCCAUACCUGUCGCACCUCAGGAAGUCAAUUCCGGCCAACAAAAAGUUUCAUGGGAAGAGUACCAAAGACAAAGACGCGAAAAGAAGAAGAAUGCACUAUGCAAAGAAGCCUGCAAACCACUCACUUGUACCGACACUAUUAUUUGCGGACGCAGAGUGGACUGCUGCCCUGUCGGAUGCUGCCGUGUCGGAUGCUGCGGUAUCUGUAAUGACUGCUGCGCCAACACUACUCAGCAACAUCUCACCGCCAACCCUACUCUACAACCUGGCAAACAAGCCGGAACACCACCCAGAGCUGAAGAAGACGACGAUAAUGAUAGUCUCUAA